GUGGAAGUUACACUAAGAGCUGUACAUACGUGUUAUGUGUAUGUUUAAGACCACAUACAUAUAUAAAUGUUCCAACAUGUUGCCCAUGACUUGUUUAUGUUAACUCCUUUUUUUUUACAAUAAAAUGGCGGAGGAAACAAACAAAACCCCUUCAAUCACUACUGAAUCUUCUUCUGCAGCUCCAAACAAGCCAAUGAGAUCUUUGCUUAGAAGGGUCUUCAAAAUAUAUCGCGGCUUCCCUCGUUCUUGGGAAGCUAAUAACACCACUCAAUCUCCUCGAAACAGAACCACUUUUCACAGGGAUGUUGAGCAGGAAGAUUUCCAUUGUGCUGGAGGCCAUUGCUUAUCUUCGUAUUAUAGUGUUUUCGUUGCUCGCCUUGCCAUGAUGGUUAUGCUGGCAAUUCUGAUAGGACUUUUAACCUUGCUGACUUGGCAUUUUACACGCGUCUACACAAAGAAAUCAUUAGACACUUUAGCAUAUGGGCUUCGCUAUGAGCUCUUGCAACGUCCCAUUUUGCGGAUGUGGAACAUCUUCAAUACCACCAUUGAGAUCACCACAGCGCAGGUUAAGAUGUCAGAGUUUGUGAUGAAAAAAUAUAGCAAUCCGGUGAAUCAAGAGCAGGAAGUCGAGGCUUUUGACUCCCAGCUAUAUCAAGUUAUGAGGGACAUGACAUGGGCACUAUUUACCAGUCACAAAGCUCUCAAUUCCAUCACCAUAAAUUACAGAAACGGUUUUGUACAGGCUUUUCAUAGAGAUCAUAAAAGUAACAAUACAUUCUACAUAUACUCUGAUCUAGUCAACUAUUCAAUCAGUGGCUCUUAUAACAUGAAUAUGCUUUCGUCUCGUCAAGGCUGGAAUGAUCAGUCUGUGCAUAACAAUAUCUCAGCAAUCUGGUACCGAGAACCAUUAGAUCCUAUAACAGGUGAAAAGAUAGGAAAAUCAAGGGCAAUCCUGCCAGAUGAUCUGAUAUAUAUUGCCGGGAUUUCACAAGUACCUGAUGGCGCAGCUUCAUGGCAUGUAGCAGUAAGCAAGUACAGUGAUUCACCCUUGCUCUCUGCAGCAUUGCCCGUUUUAGACUCAUCAAAGGAAUGUAUAGUGGCCGUGGUGGGUGUUACAACAGCACUGUAUAGUGUCGGGCAGUUGAUGAAAGAACUUGUUGAAUUUCACAGCGGUCACAUUUAUCUGACCUCUCAAGAGGGAUGGUUGCUGGCUACUUCGACAAAUACUCCUCUUUUGAUGAAUUCAACAACGAGGCCAACUCUUAUGAUGGCUUCCGAUUCUGAGGAGCGUGUCAUACGCUCAGGAGCCAAAUUGUUACAAGAAACCUAUGGUAACCUGACUCCGUCAAAUCACUCAGUUCACAUAGAAAAUGCUAGGCUCGGGAACCAGCUCUAUUACAUUGACACAUUUUUCCUCAACUUGAAGAGGCUUCCCAUGGUGGGAGUUAUUAUCAUCCCAAGGAAAUACAUAAUGGGAAAAGUUGAUGAGAGAGCAAUCAAAACAUUGGUAAUAUUGAUAUCCGCUUCUCUGUGUAUACUUGUUACCGGUUGUGUUUGCAUUUUCAUAUUGACGAAUGGAGUGUCAAAGGAGAUGAAACUAAGAGCAGAGCUGAUAAGCCAUUUAGAUGCAAGACGAAAAGCAGAGGCGUCUAGCAAUUACAAAAGUCAGUUUCUAGCAAACAUGAGUCAUGAACUUCGAACACCUAUGGCUGCAGUAAUUGGGCUGCUGGACAUUCUUAUGUGUGACGAUUGUCUCACAAAUGAGCAAUUUUCAACGAUUACACAGAUCCGAAGAUGUUCGACUGCCCUUCUAAGGCUUCUUAACAAUAUUUUGGAUCUCAGUAAGGUGGAAUCUGGAAAGCUUGUGCUUGAAGUUGCUGAGUUUGAUCUGGGGCGAGAACUCGAAGGACUUGUCGAUAUGUUCUCCGUCCAGUGCAUUAACCACAAUGUUGAAACUGUUCUAGAUCUUUCUGAUGAUAUACCAAGAUUAGUUCAAGGUGACUCUGGCAGAGUAGUGCAGAUCUUUGCCAACCUUAUCAGCAAUUCUAUCAAGUUUACAACAUCGGGCUACAUUGUUCUGCGAGGAUGGUGUGAAAAUCCAAAUAAGUUGAUUAGCACAAGGAAGUUUUCCCUAGAUCAUGAGAAGGAUCCAAGAUCUACACCUACGACGAAGUUUAAGAUACAAAAAAGACAUGAUAAAAGAUUCUGCAGAAAGGACAACAAAAUCAUUCUUUAUUUCGAAGUUGAGGACACUGGCUGUGGAAUUGAUCCACGAAAAUGGGACUCGGUCUUUGAAAGCUUUGAGCAAGCUGAUGCCUCAACAACUCGACUGCAUGGUGGAACUGGACUUGGUUUAUGCAUUGUGCGAACUUUGGUGAAUCAGAUGGGUGGAGAAAUCAGAGUUAUUAAGAAAAAUGGACCAGGGACUCUGAUGCGACUAAAUCUGCUUCUCAGUGCUCCUGUGGAUGAAACAAGAGAGUGCAAAAGUUUAAACUUUGAACAGCAUAAUCUGAAGAUAUUGCUUGCACUAGGCGGAAGGAAGGGUCGAUCAGUUAUGUCCAGGUGGCUACAAACACAUGGAAUGCACACCUACGAAGCUUCUGAGUGGAAUGAACUAACACAAAUGCUUCAGGAACUUUUUCAAGGUGGAAACAAUGUGAAAAAUUCACCAAAACAAUGCUCAGGAGCUGAAGAAUUAAAUGCAGACAAGAGGACUUCAAUAUUUAUUGUAGUUGUUGAUAUAAGGUUACUUGACUUGAGCACUGAUAUAUGGAAGGAACAGGUAUAUUUCUUAGAUAAAUACUCUGGGAGAGCAAAGUUUGCAUGGAUACUGAAUCAUGACACCUCCAAUAACAUUAAGAUGGAGCUUCGUGGAAAAGGGCAUGUACUGAUGGUUAACAGGCCACUUUAUAAAGGAAAGAUGAUCCAGAUAGUGGAAUCUGCCAUAAGAGAGUUUGAUCUUGAAAAGAAAAAGAAAAAGAAUCAUUUGAGAACUGUAGUUGGCGACGACAUGCAUGAAUGCCUUGAAAUAAAUCAUUUUCAUCCUGAUAAUAGCAGCUCCAGUGAGUCGGACAAGUUAGAACAGAGAAGUUCUAGUUGUAAUGGGUUGCAACUGGAAGAGAACCAACAGAAUCAUGACAGUAAGCCCUGUUUGUCACGAUAUGAGGCAGUCAAUAACUGCUUUGUGGAGCUCACUGAAGUUCACGCAAAAGAAGAUGAGUUGAACAUAAAUGAAAAAAACAUGAGCAGAACAUGCUCUAACAAUCAAACUGGUGGUAUGUACCCGAAGAGGACUACAGAUGGACAGAACUCCCUUGAAGGCAUAAGUAUACUUCUUGCAGAAGAUACACCGCUACUCCAGAAAGUUGCAACUAUAAUGCUUGAAAAAUUAGGUGCUACUGUUGCAGUUGUGGGAGAUGGGCUGCAGGCAGUAGAAGCUCUAAAAAUUAUGCCUAGUCCAGAUGAGUAUCUGGAGGCAUCUUCCCCUGGAGAUGGCAGCAAUAACAGUCGAGUAGAAGGAUGUGGCCACUCAACAUAUGACUUGAUUCUUAUGGAUUGUCAGAUGCCAAAGAUGGAUGGUUAUGAAGCAACAAAAGCAAUACGGAGAUCAGAGCUGGGAAGCAGUUCACACAUCCCAAUAGUUGCUCUAACAGCCCAUGCAAUGUCAUCAGAUGAAGCCAAGUGCUUGCAAGUUGGCAUGGAUGCGUAUCUGACCAAGCCGAUUGAUCGGAAGUUGAUGGUUUCCACAAUCCUGUCACUGACAAGGAGAAGUGCUUAAUUCCUGGUGCAGAAGAGUGUAAAUUAGUUAGGAUGACCAAUUAACAUGAGUUUUUCUUGUAGAGUCUUUCGACAUAUAUGUGAAGAAUAUGUAUAAAAUUCAUAGUGUAAUAGGGAUAUAGUACCUUUUACCAAGUUGGAUCAAGAAUCAAGAUUAUACAUAUAUACAGUUUAACA